CACAUAUACAUAAAUAUAUUAGUGCGACACGAAUACUCCUGGAAUACAAUUCGGUACAACGUGAGUACAAAACGCGAAUGUUACAAUUUACCCUAAAGAAUGUGCAUUGGGCAAAUCGAGUCGAGUCGAGACUAUAAAAUGGUUUGCGUGAAAUCGCAACGAUAUUUCGAUAUUUGAACUUACACAUUGGUUCUCGAUUAGUUUUGUGGCAAUUUGAUGACAGUGUAGAAGGAACGAAUAUGUGAUUGUGAAAUUUUUUCGUUAAAUAUUUAAGAACUUACGUGUAUUAUCUAUGUACAUACGUACAUACAUACAUACACAAGAGUACAUACGUAUAUAACUUUGGUUGGUUUUUUAUGAAGUAAAGCGAUAAGCUCGACAAAGCGGCGUCUGUGUUGAAUGAAUUUCAUUUGUUUUUCCAGGGCGGCACAUUAACGAAAUUCGAUAUGCCAACGACGCGGUUGUGCGGUACAAAAUGAGUAGUGAGUGAAGUGAUUAGAAGGUUUAACUGUGCAAGAUAUAGUCUAAAAGAGUGAAGAGUGACUAAGUGGCACAGCAGUGGAUGUUUACACCUUUUGUGAAAGGUGCUUAGUUUUUUGAGUGAAUAGUUUUUCCGACAAUUGGAAAAGCAGACUGAGUGUAAAUAGUGAGUAGUAGGGCGAAGAAAAAAAAACAAAAAGAGUGUCCAACUUAUAGCGAAUGACCUACUGGUUGUGCUGUAUUUGUGCUUGUUAAAUCAAAUAUAAGAGCCCGAAUGCCGAGAUUGUUCAAAGACGAGUUCUGGAAAUUUGCUGUAGCACCAUAAAUUCAAGAAACUAAAUACAAAAAGGAAGAUAUAAAAUAAGAAUAAGAAAAAUUUGAAAAAAUCGCGCUUUUGUUAGUUUGUUUAGUCUAUUGUUUUUGUUGCUGUUAACUGUUAUUUUAAAUUACUCGUAAAAGUGGCUGUCCGUUAUUUGGAGACAAGAUGAGUUUCAGCGGACCAAGCGGACCACGUGACAACGUGCGAAAGUUAUCGUUCCUCGGCUUCAAUACAAAAAAGUCCACCGGGAAUGAGGAUCCAAACGAGGUAUUCUUGGAUUCGGAAAUGGAAAAAGUUUUCGCCGGUCCAAGUGCGCACAAGGAAAAGUUCGAUGUAACGACAUUUCAGGACGCGAAUCAGCCAAUUGGUUCGUAUAAGCAGAGUAAUGUGCAUCGUAAAAGUGAACUCAAUAUUGAAGAGGAUUCUGAAUAUGAAAGUACAACUGAUCCCGUUAAUCCACAAAAUUAUGAUGAUAUACCCGAAGACUAUCCAUUAGUAUCCGAACGGGCCGGACACGGCGAUCAUUCGGAUAACUCCGCUGAGGAGAAGCAAGUGCAUUUUGGCAAAAAAAAGGCUGUAGUAUCCCCGCCCACUUUAGUCUACGAUGAACAACCCGCUGACAAUAUACACGAACGUAAACGACGAAGAAGCCGCCAUCAGUAUUAUAGACAACGUAAAUUUUCCCAUCAAGACAGCGUGGAAAACAAAAAAGUGGUCGAGGAAAAUGGCGAGGCCGGUGUCCGCAAGGUAUCCGUGCAACCGGAGGAUUCCACAUUAGAGGAGGCUGAUCUCAAUGAGUUGAGAUCCCAUCGUUCGGAUGAUCCACGUGCGCUCAGGCGUCACAAAAUCCAUCAUUCAUCAAUAAAAUUACGCGAGCUGCCGCAAAUCACUGUGGCGGGCUUGCAACUGAAGAAGGUCUACGACCAUAGUCCGCAUGAGAUUUUCGUACAACUCGAUGAAUUGACGGGUAUUGGUGAAGAUCGCGAAUGGAAAGAGACGGCACGUUGGAUCAAGUAUGAAGAGGAUGUUCAGGAAGGUUCCGAUCGUUGGGGCAAACCGCAUGUUGCCUCACUAUCCUUUCACUCGUUGCUCAAUUUGCGUCGUUGCCUCGAGACGGGCGUAGUGUUGCUCGAUUUGAAUGAAAAGGAUCUGCCAGCGGUCGCAUAUCGGGUUGUCGAGCAGAUGGUUGUCGAAGAUCUAAUUAAUGCCGAAGAUAAGCCGGCGCUUAUGCGGUCAUUGUUAUUGCGCCAUCGACACGUGAAUGAACAUCAAAGUGGCUUUCCGUUUACGAAACGGAAAUAUAGCAGCUACACCAGCUUACAGAAUCUAACUGGAGAAGACAAGCGGCCCAAGAUAAUGCCGGCUAGCGAAAUUGGCGGCAGCAAGCGUAGUAAUGAUUUAAAAAUUGAUAUCAGGGACGAUAUGUAUUCGUCGUCGCAGGAGAAUCUACAGAAGCUGCAAAAUGAUAGUAUACUCAAGCGUAUACCCGUGGGCGCUGAAGCGACGACUGUAUUGGUCGGUGCUGUAGAUUUUCUUCAGCAGCCAACAAUUGCGUUUGUACGUCUCGCCGAAGGUGUGCUUAUGCCCACUUUGACCGAGGUAGCUGUGCCCGUGCGUUUUAUGUUCAUACUCAUGGGUCCACCAACGCUCGAUUUGGACUACCAUGAAGUGGGCCGCUCUAUUGCCACUCUAAUGGCGAACGAACCGUUCCAUGCAAUCGCAUAUAAGGCAGACGAUCGCAAAGAUCUGCUUUCAGCUAUCAACGAAUUCUUGGAUGAUUCAAUUGUAUUGCCACCGGGCAAUUGGGAGCGUCAAGAUCUUUUGCCAUUUGAGGAAUUGAAGGCAAAAAAGGACUGGAUUCGUUCACGCAAGCGCAAGGCAUUGGAGGUAAGUAUUUCAAAGCAACAAGUAAAGAUAAAGCAAGAAGCUAAAAUAAUAGUUGAAAAGAAACCGGAAUUAGAUAUUCUUGAUGGCAAGAAAAAAAUCAAUCCGCUCGAAAAGACACACAAGUGGUGGGGUGGCCUACGUAAUGAUCUAAAGCGUCGUCUGCCCAUGUAUAAGAGCGAUAUUACCGAUGGUCUGAAUUCGCAAACGUUAGCCGCUACUAUCUUUAUGUACUUUGCCUGCCUCUCGACAGCCAUCACUUUCGGCGGUCUAGCCUCCGAAAAGACGGGCAAUCUAAUUGGUAUUUCGGAGACAUUAUUGAGCACGGCACUUUGUGGUAUAAUUUUCCAUACGAUCUCCGGUCAACCACUCGGCAUUAUAGGCACCACUGGUCCACUGUUACUUUUCGACGAAGCGUUGAUUAACUUUUGCCGCGAGAAUAAUUUACCCUUUCUCACGAUCCGCGCUUACAUUGGCGUUUGGUUGGCCAUCAUUGCCACAACUUUGUCUGCAUUCGAAUGCAGCGUUUACGUACGCCUGUUUACGCGUUUCACCCAGGAAAUCUUCUCAGCAUUGAUCACAUUGAUCUAUAUCUAUGAGACGUUGAUGAAAUUGGUAUCUGUGUAUAAGAAGAAUCCACUAUUGGCCGAUUAUAAUUUCCCGCCAGCAACGCUCGCACCACAACUGCAGAACUACGACAACACAACUACGGAUAGUUUCGGUAAUGUGACCGCCGAUGUGUCGAUAUCAAACGCAACCUCCAGCAUUGGCUUAAUUUCGAACAUUGUAUCCCACACAAAUAUGCCAAACACAGCACUCUUCUGCACGAUACUCACCUUGGGCACCUUCACUAUCGCCUACUAUUUGAAACUCUUCCGUAACUCCCAUUUCCUGGGACGAAAUGCUCGCCGUGCGCUGGGUGACUUUGGUGUGCCGAUUGCUAUAGCAAUUUUUGUAUUAAUUGACUAUCUGAUACCUCAAGUGUACACGGAUAAACUCAGCGUGCCAGAGGGUAUUUCACCCAGCGAUCCGGAAGUGCGCGGUUGGUUGGUGUCUCUGGGUGGCAUGCCCGUUUGGGCACCAUUUGCAUGUGGUAUACCAGCUAUUUUGGUGUACAUUCUCAUCUUCAUGGAAUCGCACAUUUCCGAGUUGAUUGUCGAUAAACCAGAGCGUGGCCUGAAGAAAGGCUCAGGACUGCACUUGGAUAUUGUGAUAUUAGGUUUUUUGAAUACAUGUUGCGGUCUUUUUGGUACUCCAUGGCAUUGUGCAGCCACGGUACGGUCAGUAACGCACGUAUCUGCGCUAACUGUUAUGUCAAGGACCCACGCCCCUGGUGAAUCGCCGCGUAUUAUUGAUGUUAAAGAGCAGCGUUUGUCCGGCUUCUUUGUGUCGCUCAUGAUUGGAUUGUCCGUAACAAUGGCACCGCUGCUGCGUUUGGUGCCUAUGGCAGUAUUGUUUGGCGUAUUUCUGUACAUGGGUAUCGCUUCGAUGAGUGGCGUACAGUUCUUCGAAAGAAUGAGACUAUAUUUCAUGCCGGUGAAACAUUAUCCACCCACACCGUAUGUAAAACGUGUGCCCACCUGGAAAAUGCACAUGUUCACCACCAUACAAUUGCUUUGUCUGACAUUACUCUGGGCUGUGAAAUCAUCCAAGAUAUCAUUGGCUUUCCCCUUUUUCCUCAUCCUGAUGGUACCGAUAAGACAGCGACUUGUGAUGCUCUAUACACCCGAACAACUGCAAGCGCUCGAUGGCAGUGAAGUCAAGGAUGAGGAUGAACCUGAUUUCUAUGUAGAAGCUACUAUUCCCGCUUAAAAGUAAUAUAAAUACUUUCCCUUCAAAUGUGCAUAUUUGUAAUUAAAGGAAUUGCCUGUACUUAAGCAUAAACUUAUAAACUUAAGUGCUCUAUAUUAUUUCAUGUAUUGUU